UGGGUUUUGCUCUGGGUUUUGCCCUCCAGGGACCAUGUUUCGUGACAAGGCGGCGGCAAGCGUGACCGUGAGCGGUCAGUGUCUGAGCUCUGGCAACAGAUCCGGCGAUUAUGAGGAAGACAGGCAGAAGGUCAUGGCCCCCCUCACCUUGAAAGGGCAGAGCAGAGAGUACCAAAGGCACAAUAAAUCCACAAAAGGAUUUGCAGGGUCCUCCUCAAGUUUGCAGCAGCUGGAUAGCCUAGACUUUGUCUCCCCUAGUGCCUUGGCGGACGAUUCUGUCGUCGUCGUCGGAAAAGGAGUGUUUGGAAGCCCGCCAGCAGCUUCGCUCAGCUGUGGCCAAUCGCUGGUGUUCCCCGUGGAGAACGGAGAUUCGCCUUCCCUCAAAGCAACCGUGGAGCCUCUUUCUGGGAUUUAUGGGAGAGCCGUCCCCCAGCAGACCCCUGCGCCUUACCUCGACACAGACACCGAAAGAGAUGUGAAAGCAGCCCUGUCCAAAUCUGCUCGGGAGAAAAUGAGACAGAGGAAGAAAGAAGGAACAGAACAUCAGGAUGUCAGAGGUCUUGAAAGAAACCAGCCGAGCCCUUGGGAGCCCUUUAAGCAAAAUGACUCUGAAAAGAUGGUGCCAGAAACUAGGAACACACCGUUUACUCCUCUGUUGAAGAGAACUUCCAGUGUGAAACGGACGCAGCCUGCGGCGCUUGGAGAAUCAGGUUCGCGGAUGCCCUUCAGGGAUGGGAUGCUGAUCACAUGCAGCACAGAUAUCCUGGGAUCGGUGGAGCUGAGGCCUUUCUCCAAGCCGGAGGCGGCCCUUUCGGAAGCGCUGCAAUAUCUUGCCAAUGAGGACUG